AUGGCUAAAACAACUGGAAUACUGGACAAAUCCUUAAGCCGUGGAAAAGGUGAAAUCAACUUGUCCACGUUCGCAGUUCUCUUCUCUGAAAUGGUGCUUUACGCACAGAAUCGAUCGGAAACUGUCACAGACAUUCACGAUAAAAUUGCGUCUUACGGGAAGCAAGUUGGUCUUCGAAUGUUCGAUAUCAUUGUACUUCGAGAGAAAGGAUACAAAAGAGAGACGAAGUUACUCGGAAUGCUCAUGUUCAUCAAGUCAACUGUAUGGAAGAAUUUGUUUGGAAAGGAGGCGGAUAAAUUGGAGAGAUCAAACGAUGAUCAUUGCACAUAUCUUCUGAUCGAAAAGGACCCACUUGUGAAUACCUAUAUCUCAGUGCCACGUGACAAAGGAGUCCUCAAUUGUGCUGCGUUUGCUGCGGGUAUCAGUGCCUCAUUCAAAUGCAAAGUGACUGCUCACUGGCACAAUGGAACCGCCUAUGUUAUUCAGUUUGACGAAUCUGUUAUUGCUCGAGAGAAUGCUCUUCUUGAUUCUAAUCGCUAA